AUGGGCAAGAAAAGGACGAGCGAUGGGGAGGAGAAGCACCCCAAAAGGGCCCGGAUUGGUGCAGCGCCCUCGAGUGACACAACCCCCGCUGCACAAGCUCCACGCUCCUCAACCGCGCCCUCAGCAGCCAAAGCAAUCGCGAACGAAACGCGGGAACCCAAGAAGCAGAAGUUAGAUGAAGCUCAGGACGCUCUCGCGGAGCCAAAGCCAAGCAACCAUGCUCCUUCCCGGAAGCAGACACACAAGAAGCUUCCCAGAUUACCUCCCAAUGUUUCCGUAACCAAACGCCCACUGCACCACCCCGCAAUCCCCACGCCCUUCGCCUCCUCCGACCAUCCCAAAACACUCUACAUCUCCCACUCAACGCCCUUCGUCCCAGCCCUGAAGCGCAUCCGCCGUCUCCUCCUCGAAAUCUCCAAGCGACAAGCGCAAUCCCAAGCUACGCAGCCCCGAAACCGACAGCAGGGGCGCAAUCGAAAGCCGCUAGUGUCAAACGGGCGUCUUGCGCCUGAGGACGUGGAGCGGGAGAUUGUAGAAGAGGGCAGAGAGACGGGCGAGGGUGAGCGCAGAGAAGAGGUCUAUGUCAAGGCUACGGGCAGGGCGAUUGAGCGCGCGUUGAGGAUCGGUGUGCACUUCCAGGGCGAGAGUGAUUGUAGGGUCCGGGUGGAGACGGGGAGUGUGAUGGCGGUGGAUGAUAUUGAGGUACGCCAGAACGAGGAGGAGAAGGGAGGGGAGGGGAGUAAGGUCAAGGAAGAGGUGAAGGACGAGGUGCCAGAGACGAGGGUAAGGAUGGUGAGCUCAGUCACAGUGGCGGUGGGGCUCAGAUGA